AUGUCGAAAAAUCUUCAUUAUGAAGAAUACUGGACAAACACCAGCGUUGAGGACUGGUCGAUCGAAUCAUUUGAUGUUCAUUGGAUCCAACAAAAUCCACGUCUGCACCAUAGGUCAGCUCAAGCUCACGCUUCACUAGGUAAUGAGUUAAGUAUACUUGCUAGGAGAUCAGAUCAAAGGAUAGCGGAUAAAGCACAAUCGUUACAAAAACAACUAAAGAACAAUCCAUCGGAGAUCCAUAAAAUUAUCUGGGAGAGAAGUGAGGAAAUCGCGUCAUCACAGGUUCAUCUGUCACUCAGCGAAAUCUUAGCAAAGGUCAAUAUCAAGAAAACUCUUGUUGACGAGAUCAGCGAAUCUGAAAGAAAAAAAAAAAGAUCCCUUUCUACAAAUGAAACACGCGAUACAAACUGUUUAGGAAAAAAAAGCAAGAGUGACAACAUACAUAAUGGAGAAACAAGCAAGGAUAACAGCGAGCAUGAAGAGAGCGAAACUCUGGUUAAAAAUCUUCUCGAUGAACUACAACAGUGCUCUGAGAAAACGGAUAAUUUAAUACACAGUUUUCAAAAGUACUGUAGUGAUUCUGUUAAUGAAUUUACCCGGAAUGAAAUUAUGGACCUAACCCCGUCUUCAGAGUUUGUUCUAAGAUAUACGGAUGAGGAUGACUACAUUCAAGUUCUAAAGAGACCUUUGAGCCUGUCGAUGAGUUGUUUCCGGAAGAGCAAUUAUACCCAUCAACAAUGGGAUAACAAGCUGGAGAGUUUGUUGGAACCGGAGGAAGAUCCAUUUUUGAAAAAGUUGAAGAGACUUUUAUUUGAGACAUUGCCUGCCUUGCAAAACCAUGAUAUGCUGGAAGAUGAAUUUAUGAAUACGUACAUCCAUCCUGUUCUAAAGAAGGCAAUGUGCAGGUUUUCGGAUAUUCGUUAUAUACCGGGAAACAAAGCUAUUCAAGCAUCUGCGUAUAGGAAGUCGAUAACGAAACAAGAAGGAAAUGCAGACCGCUCAGAUGGGAUUGCGUACACAAACACCGAAAAAUCAUAUGAAAUUUGUGUAGUAGAGGGUUCCAGGCCAUAUGUUGUUGAUGACACAAAGGAAAUGUCUGAUUAUGUUCAGAAUGCGCGAGCUGGAAAAGAUAUAAUAAACUAUACUGUUGUAUCCGAAGUCAAGUUGAAACGAGCACCGCCCCUGCAAUUCAAAGCCUAUAUGGUUCAGAGCAUUGGAUUAAGUCUUCGAUUUUACUUUAUGGACUAUUUGGGAACAUAUCGGCUUUUUGAAAUUGAAACGUGCGAAAUUCCAACGGAAAUAGAAGGUGUCAAUUUAUUCACAUCUUUUUUUAAGGCAGUUGUGACUUGGGCGUUGAUGGUUAAGGGCACUGAUCAAGAAUUCCGAUCAAGGAAAGAAAUGCUUGAUGAUGAAAAAUCGUAA